UAUUAUGGCAGAGAUAGACCUGUUGGCUGCCGGGCGCCGGCGCAUUUCAUCAUUUGGUGUGCCGCGUUCGGUCCAAUACGGCUUACGAUUUAAAAUAAAAUAAUGUAUAAUAAUAAUAUAUAAUAUGAUAAUAUAAUAAUAGUAAAAUAACAUUUUUGUAUUCUCGCUGUGAGUGUGCAGGUUGUCGUCGUUCCAUCGGCCCGCGAAUGAAUGAUUUCAUAUUUUUCGUUUUUUUGUUUACCGCUCGAAACGCGACAAAUUUAUAUUAUUAAUAUUAUAUUAUAGUAGUUAUUGGUGCUCCAGAGGAAAUCGUUAAGAGUGACGCACUGCCAAUUUGUGGAUUUUCACCGAGUCAAACCCGUCUGAAGAGGAAUCUUCGUGCACUAUUAUAGGUGAAGUCUUCCGAGUCGUUUAGUGCUCGUCGCGUCAUGAUGCCGGUAAGACUGCAGUGGGGCCGGCUUUUGAGCCGCGGUCAUUUGCGGCGGACGUGCGUCCCGCUGGCCUGCAACGGCCAGAGUCAACAGGUCCGACAUCGCACCGAGUCUAAAGUGGUCCGUUCGCCGUUUCCCGACGUUCAGAUCCCGGAAAAUUUGAUAGACGAAUUCGUGUGGAGCGGCCUGGAGAGGUGGCCGGACAAAGACGCACUGGUGUGCGGAGUGACCAACAGGAAAUUCACAUACCACGAGACGAGGUUGGCGUGCAAGAGAUUUGCGGCCAGCCUGAAGAAGAGAGGUGCGACUACGGGCCAAGUAUUGGCCGUGCUGUUGCCAAACGUUCCUGAGUUCGCCGUGACCGCGCUGGGUGCCAUCGAAGCCGGCCUGGCCGUGACCACGAUCAAUCCCGUCUACACGUCAUUCGAACUCGCCCACCAGUUUAAGGACUCCGGUGCAGUCGGGGUGGUGACGAUUCCUGAGUUGUUGCCCAAAGUCUUCGAAGCACAGAAGCUGAUGGACGGGCCCGGCGUGAAACCGCUGUACGUCAUAUCCGUAAACGACAAAGGCGAGAGACCCAGCGGCGCAUGGGAUUUCGACGAGAUGCUCGAUCCGAUGGUGGACACUUCCGUUCUGAAAAAGUACCGAUCGAAUGUAGACGUGGCCUUUAUGCCGUACUCGAGCGGCACGACCGGCCUGUCCAAAGGCGUGUCGCUGUCGCACCGGAACCUAGUGGCCAACAUCACGCAGACGAACCAUCCGGAAGUCAAUCACUUUUCGGACACGACAGCGACUUAUCAAGAUGUGUUGCCGGCUAUUUUACCCUUUUACCAUAUUUAUGGUCUGACAAUGAUUCUUCUGAGAGGGCUGAGUUGUGGAUGUAAAUUGGUGACAUUGCCCAAACUCGAAUCUGAUUUAUUUUUGAACAUACUUAAAAACUACAAGGCGACUUUACUGUACGUAGUACCACCAAUAGUGCUGUUGUUGGGUCAAAAUAAAAACGUCACACAUGAACACUUUCAAAGUUUGAAAAUUAUUUGUAAUGGCGCUGGUCCUGUGAAAGAAGCAGAUGCCGAAAAAGUACUUGCCAGAACCCAAAACAAAAAUGUACGUUUUUGUCAAGCUUACGGAAUGACAGAAUCAUCGCCAGCCGUGUUCGUGUCCAGAAAUUCCUCGUUGGUCGAUUAUUUGACCGUCGGUCCACCAAUAUCAAACACCAAGGCCAAAGUCGUCGAUCCCACGGACGACACAGUUGAAUACGGUGCUGGCGAGGUCGGAGAAAUUCUGGUCAACGGGCCACAGGUGAUGAUGGGUUACCACAACAACCCCGAAGCCACGGCCAUCACUAUAAGUCCGGACGGAUGGCUGAAAACUGGUGACAUCGGUUACUAUAACGAUCAAAAAGAAUUCUUCAUAGUCGAUCGAAUUAAGGAGUUGAUCAAAGUCCAAGGAUACCAGGUCCCACCGGCCGAGCUGGAAGGACUUCUCAGGACCCACCCGGCGGUGCUGGACGCGGCCGUCAUCGGCGUGCCACACGACAGGACAGGCGAGGCGCCGCUGGCGUACGUCGUGCUCGACCCGGACAGGCCGGCCGCCAGCGAGGCGGACGUGAAGGCGUUCGUGGCGGAACGAGUGGCGCCGUACAAGCAGAUCUCUGCUGGCGUGCGGUUCGUCGAAUCGCUGCCGAAGAGCGCGGCCGGCAAGAUCUUGCGGCGGGUGCUCAAGGACGAGUACGAAAAAACCGAGGGCGCCAAGUGACGAUCGCCGGAAGUCGCGCCGUCUCACGAUUUCUGCAGCGAUUAAUAACGAUGUACCUAAAAUAAUAUUGUCAUAGGUAAUGGAGUACGGUUAGGUUAAAUACGACGGAAAAACGUUCAUCGUUUGGCUCAACCAUCACGUCGUAGGUGGUACGAAUCGCUCAAACGAAUAAUAUAAUAUAUUAUUAAUUUAACUGUUAUUAUUUAUUAUUAUUACUAUUAUUAUAGUACGAAUUGCUGAUGCGAGACUGCAACAGGUGGUAGUAGUUGUUCUUGUUGUUUUUAUUUAUCUUAUCAACCGUUAAAACAUAAUCAUUUACCGUCACAUAUUAUAUAUUAUAUUGUCGCAUAAAUAUAUUAUAUUAUUAAAAAGUAAUAAUUAUUGUUGAUUUCAUAUAAUAUUUUGUUAUAACUAACUACGGCAUGAAAAUUCAAAAUGGGAACUACCUAUCGCAACGCGGUCAAACACAAUUUGUUUUGAACCGAAAUACCUACUUUAUGAUUUCAGCACCUAGUCACGGGGAUACGAAACUGAUAGUGUUAUUCCUGAUGAAACGAUCUAUUUUCAUUCAAACAGAUCGAUCUAAUUGCGUGAUAAGACAGGUUUAGAUUCCUCGUUUUGCUUGCUAUUAUAGAUCCACCUAACAAUAAUUAAUAAUAUUACUUUCAACAGAUUGGGAUUAUUGCACUUAUCAACAUAUUUAUCAAAAUACCUACCGUAUAAAAUGUAUUAUGCAAAAGAGAAUUAUUAUUAAGCCUUUAUAUAUUAUAUCAUAACUAGCCUUAAUAUUGUCCUAUACAGAAUUCCUUAUAAACGAUACGUUUCAAAUCCCUGUAUGAUAUUAAUAUAAGGAAAUUAUUAUUACGUCCACGAUGUAGUUGAAUUGCCUAUUCAAUACGCCGUGUUAUCGGUAAACACGCCAUUAUUGCGUAAUACCGAAAAUCGAAAUAGUCGUAAGACAAAAAACGCCGUAAGAUUGUAUUGUUAUUUUUCACUAUAUGUACUUACUACUCUAUUUCUGUAUAGUUUACAAACGAUUAAAGUAUAACAAUAAUAUUAUGUUGACA